AUGGCAGAAUGCAAGCCAAAGGUGACCCCAACGGUACUAGGUUUAGAUAAGGUUGUGGAUACGAAAUCACCUGAAUUAAAAGAUCCAACUCUUUAUAGAGCGAUAGUUGGGAGCUUAAUAUAUGUGAUGACAGGUACAAGGCCUGAUUUGUGUUAUAUAGUCACUAAGCUUUCCCAAAACAUGUCGAAACCCACUGAAGUUAAUCUUAUUGCUGCAAAACAUGUUCUAAGGUAUUUGAAAGGAACAAUUGAGCAAAGAUUGAGAUUCAGGAAAUCUGAGAGUACUCUAAAACUUAUUGGGUUUUGUGACUCAGAUUGGGGAGGUGAUGUUUGUGACAGGCGUAGCAUAUCUGGCUACGGUUUUCAGUUGUUGGACGAGGGUCCUUUAGUUUCUUGGAGAAGUCGAAAACAGCCAACUGUUGCACUGUCCACAUGUGAGGCAGAGUAUAUGGCACUGACAGAUGCAGUGCAGGAAGCCAAGUUCUUAAAGCAGUUGUGUGUUGAUCUAAAUAUUGUUUAGGUAAGUUAUAGUGUUCUGGUAAAUGGUGACAACCAAGGUGCAAUCAAUUUAGCUAAGAACCCUAUGUAUCAUAAAAGAUCAAAACAUAUCGAUGUGAAGUAUCAUUUCAUUCGAAGUGAAGUUCGAACAGGUAGUAUAGUAUUAGCAUAUAUUCCAAUGGACGAGAAUGUAGCAGAUAUCUUUACAAAGCCAGUUAGUAAAGUCAAGUUAGAUAAGUUUGGACCAUUUAUUUCAGGUGAGUAUCAUUCAGCAUAA